AGUCUUUCUUUGAUUACGCACGUAUACAGUAAAACAAUGCAUUUGUUAUAUCAUAUUUAUUUAUGAAUUUGUGAGAAAUUUAUAUUAUUAGAAAAAAACCUUAGUGUUUAUUUUAUCUGUGUGUUAGUGAAUAUUGUUUAUUUUUCAAAAUGAUUAAAUUAUCAUUACAAGAAGCCAUGAAGAUCGGAUUUAUCGGAGGCGGCAGACUGGCGUUUGCGCUGGCGAAUGGGUUCAUAUCUGCGGGGUUAGCAAAACCAGAUGAAAUCACAGCUAGCGUGCAUCCUGCGGAUUUAGCCAGUGCUGAGGCAUUUAAGGGUUUAGGCGCAACAGCCCUUUUCGAGAACAGACCGGUGGUGGAGAGAUCUGAAGUAGUCAUAGUGUCCGUGAAGCCCGAUGUCGUUGGACCAGCGCUGAAGGAUAUCAGAGAUCUACAGGCAUCCAGGAAUAAGCUGUUCAUCUCAGUUGCUAUGGGGGUCUCGAUAGCUAGCAUAGAGAAGGUGCUACCACCAGAAGCCAGAGUAAUCCGAGUGAUGCCCAACACCCCAGCGCUGGUGAAGCAAGGCGCUGCAGCGUUUAGCAGGGGUUCCAGGGCAACUGCUGAUGAUGCCAAACUUACUACUGAACUCUUCAAGGCUGUAGGCACGUGUGAUGAGGUACCUGAAUACCAGAUGGAUGCUGUCACCGCUUUGAGUGGCAGUGGACCGGCUUAUGUCUACAUGCUAAUAGAGUCGCUAGCAGACGGUGGCGUCCGCUGUGGCUUGCCCCGAGACCUAGCCCUGCGUCUCGCAACACAGACCACGUUGGGGUCAGCUGCCAUGUUGAAGAACGGGGGGCACCCAGCAGCUAUGAAGGACAAUGUUACCUCUCCAGGAGGAUCUACGGCAGAGGGCACGUAUCAUUUGGAACAGAAUGGUUUCCGAUCAGCAAUCAUUGGGGCAGUCAUGGCGGCCGCAAACAGAUGCAAAGUGGUUAAUGAGACUUUGAACAAAUGAGAAAUAUUUGUUGAUAUGUAAAGCAUAAUGAGAGGUUAAGAUGAUAUAGAUAAAAUAAAUUUUAUUUUCCGUUAA